AUGUCCGUCUAUCUCGACUGCGGCGGCCCCGUCAAUCCUCCCCCGGAAAACAAGGACCCCGAACGUCCUAAGAUUGACACCUCCUCCACUCCCAGCAACGACGCCUCCAGCUCCACCUCGUCCGACGAAACCCGUUGGCGUCGCAAGGCAGAUUUUGGUCUUCAUCUCAUAAAGGCCAAGAUGCUCGUCGAGCGUCUGGAUCGCACUUCUGACAUUGCAAACUUUCUCGAAGACCAAGACUCAUCAUUCCCCACCUCAAAUCACUCCACCGCCAGCCUCGACUCCUUCUUCUGCAACGAAACAAGUGGCGUCUACAAGGACACCUCCCACGAGUUUACAGACUGCGUCGCCGAUUGGGGCUUUCUUGAGUUUGCUCCCCUCCCAGCCACCCUCGAUCCGCAGUAUCUCGACCCCUACCACAACUUUACCAUUAUGGUUGACCUUACCCUGCGCGAGGACUGCAUCCCCAUUGAAAACUCCUUGCGCUACCAAGAGUCCUGUGCCGCCUGGAACUCAAAGAAGAAAACCGGUCGCGUCGGCCUCCUUAGCGCCCACGGCUUGGGCUAUCUCAACGCCACCUUGCACUGUCUCUUUGCUAUCGGCGCCUUGAGAACCGCCGUCUAUCAUAUCCCUAAGGAGGUCCUUGCCGUCCCGGACGACCGCGCCUGCAGCGCCACACACGCCCUCAGGACAGUCUUUGCGUCUAUGGAGUGCGCUAAGAGACCCCGCAAGUUGCUUGAUAUUCCCCGCGCCAUGGGCUGGCAGUAUGGUGCACACGACACGCCCUUUGAUGUCCUUGAUAUCAAGGUCUGUCUCUUUCGUACUGUCGUGGCCGAGAUGGGCCCCGCCGCCAUUGAAACCACGACAAAGCUAGCUCGUUUAUUCGAGGGCCGCCUCGAGAAUACUGUCGAAUGUCUCAAUGUCAAUUGUCGCAGCGUCACCAACGAAACGUUUUGCGAUUUGUGGCUCAACGUCAGGGGGUGCGCUGAUAUAUACGAGUCAUUAAACGACUACAUGGCCGUAGAAGUCUUGUCGGGUGAAAACAAAUAUCGCGCCGACGGGUUCGAACAGCUUCAGGAGGCUACAAAGCGGACAACCAUCAUAAAGCUCCCUUCCAUUCUCCAGUUCUUUCUACGUCGAUGGAGAUACGAUUUCUCACGAGCAAAUGUCAUGAAGAUUAACGACCGCUUCGCCUAUGACAGUGAAAUUGACCUCAACUAUCUCGUCCCAGAUUCGGAUGGUUCUGAUAUCUUCGUCCUGCAUGCUGUCAUUGCGUUUGAGGACGACCUGGAAACUUCUAGUGGGUCGUACUAUGCCUAUGUUUGUUCAGGCUUGGGGGAGGCGCCGGAGGACGGGGACAUGAACGAGGAUAAGGACGAGGAUAAGGACGAGGCCAAGGACGGGGCCAAGGACGAAGCCAAGGACGAAGCCAAGGGCGAGGACAAAGGCGAGGACAGGGACGAGCAGAACGGGGAAGACGAAGCGGCAAGAGCUCCAAAAUGGCUCAAGUUUGACGGGGCCAAAGUCACACCGUCUUGUCAACGAGACGUGACCGAAGGAAACUUUGGCGUGGGCGGCGAGCGAGACUGUAACGCUUACAUGCUGCAGUACGUUCGCAAAUCAGAAAUAUCGGAGCUCAUUUACGCAGAUCCGCUUUCUCCCGAAGGUUCCAUCGCCAGUGUAGGAAGCGAUGACAGCUCCGUACCGAACCAGACGAACGGACAGAGCGGAGAAUCGAACGUGGAUGGUGGUGGUAACGUUGAGGCGAGCGAAGUCAGCAGCGAGGACUCCUCGCACCACGAAGAGAACGUCAAUGACGCUCCCAACGACGAGUUGCAGGAUUCUCUGCCGGCAGGUGAGGACGCCGAGAGUUCUGUUCAAUCCAUACCAGAAGAAUCAAUUGUCACCUCUCCGAACGAGGAGCAAGAGGGCGACAAUGGUAGCGGAGAUGACGAUGAUGAUACUGGCAAUGAUGCGGGUGGGGGUGUACCGAUGACUGUUGCUGUUGGAAGUGAAAGUGGAUAUUUGGAAGAUGUACAAUAGUAGCAUCAGAGGACGUGUCAGAGAUCUCCGAAAGUGAAAUUAGCACAUCAUAUGUUGAGAAUUCGAUCUUGACGGAUGACCCAGCGGGAGCUGGGGCAAUAGGCACUAUAGCUGAAGAUUCCGCGGACUGAAGAUGAGGACUUGAACUCGAACACGAGUCCCAUGGUGGCAUGGCUUUGAACAGAGAGGGCACUGAAGAGUGAGGCCAAGAUUUAAGAUGGGAAGCAUUGCGGGAGGCAACUCGCUUGCAAUUGCGACAUUGUACAGAAACAGUGGGAGGACGUCAAAGUAUCGACAGGGGUGGUAUGAGAGUGGAAUAAGAGAUGUGGAUUUUCAAGGAUUCCAUGCGCAAGACCAGAAGUAGAUGAUAUGUACAGAGAAAUGGUUGUGGUUCCCCUUUACAGGACAGCGGUUGAGGUGCACGCUUGCAAUCAGUAGAGUAGAAAGAGGUGUGGAUGAGACGUAGUGGAUUGAGGUUUGUUUAUUCAAACUUCUCAGGGCAUCAAUGAAUGCUAAAGCUUAAACGUACUCUCCACGAAGAAGUAGAAACUGACAAUGAUUAGCGAAACGGGGCAAUAAAGUAAGCACGUACAUGCGUCAUGGUAGAGGAAAUGCAUGA